AUGAAAUUCUCUCUCAUUACCACCACCUUGGUCCUGCUCACGGUGGGAUCAGCUCUUCCAGCCCCGGCAGACAAUGCGCCGUACGCAUGCCACAAAACGUGUGGAGAAAUGAUUCUGGACUCGCGAAAGUGCGCCUCGGGCAACUCCUGGAACCGCGACUGUCUGUGUGACCCCGGAACCCCCUUUUUCGACGCCCUGGACCCCUGUCUCCAGUGUGGAGCCGCUCUGUGGAACGACUAUGGCAGCUAUCUGGAGCCUCCUCUGGCUUUCUGUGGAUUCCCUACAAAGCCUUAUUAG